UUGGAUUUUUCCAAGAUGUCAACUUGGAGAAUAAAGGAAGAGCCGCCCGCAGACUUCGUCAGCCAGCUUUAUGCUGAUGAUAAUGAAGAUCUUGCGGAGGACAGUGAAUUCGAAUCAUAUGAUGAUGAGGAGGAAGCCGCGCGCGCGUUGUCACCUGAGGCUCUACCUUACUCUCCUCUUACAUCACCUGGACGUCACGAUCAGCCCGGUAAUGAUGUGGAAGCAGUUGGAUUCAAGGAAGAGAAUCGUUUCCCUACCACAUCUCCGGAAGGCCGUGACAGGUCUCCUAUUAGACCAUACCCGCCAUGUGCAUUAGAACCAAGGGUGGUUAUUGAAAUAUUAGAUGAAGACGGCGGCGUGGAUGACGUCAUGGACGACGUAUUUUUAGCUCCGGAUGCCCAUGCAAUUCAUCAACACAUAAGCUGCAUGAUCAUCUUGCUUUCCGUCUUCAACUUGUCGAUUCCAUCCUCACCCACCAUUUAUCACGCUGUCCGCAAAGACGAAUGUUCAAUGCGUCCUCGUCCAGAUCUGCGCAUCAACAACCUAUUAGAAACACUCUUUCUGCACAUUGGCCUGCUCCACUGGAUCAAACUGACAGCAGCAUAA